AGCGCCGCGGAACCGCCAGGACCGGACCGGGAUCGGAAUAAUCGGGAUUGUCAGGAUUCUCGGGAUAGACGAGAGGGCCCAGAGCCCUCCAGGCUCCGCCGAGGAUGUUCCACGGCAUCGCGGGCCCUGCCGGGAUGGGAGCGCCCGGGAAUAAACCGGAGCUUUACGAGGAGGUGAAGCUCUACAAGAACGCUCGGGAACGGGAGAAGUACGACAACAUGGCCGAGCUCUUUGCCGUGGUGAAAACCCUGCAGGCCCUGGAGAAAGCUUACAUCAAAGACUGCGUCUCCCCCAACGAGUACACGGCCGCGUGCUCGAGGCUCCUGGUGCAGUUCAAGGCCGCUCUCAAGCAGGUGCAGGGGGCGGAGAUCGCGUCCAUCGACGAGUUCUGCCGGAAAUUCCGGCUGGAUUGCCCCCUGGCCAUGGAGAGGAUCCGCGAGGAUCGACCAAUCACCAUCAAGGACGACAAAGGGAACCUGAAUCGCUGCAUCGCCGACAUCGUCUCCGUACGGCCCUCCCGGGAAUUCCGGGAAUAUUUGUCUGGAUUUUUUUUUUUCCUUCUUUUUACACUUGGGGAAAUUUUUUGGGGAAUUUUCUGGGAAUUUUCCCCGUGGGAAUUCCUCAGGCUCCAAACCCUGAGCGCGAUGUCGGCCUCGGAUGAGCUCGACGAUUCCCAAGUUCGGCAGAUGCUCUUCGACCUCGAGUCCGCCUACAACGCCUUCAACCGCUUCCUGCACGCCUGAAACCAGUCCAGACCAGUCCGGACCAGUCCGGACCGGUCCAAACCGGAGCAGCCAGAAAUUCGGGAUCAUAAACGGGAUGAGCGCGAUCCCAAAACUCAGCGAAAUUUGGGAUGAACUCCAUUCUUUUCUCGUUGUUACUGGGUCAAACUGGGAGCCGUUCCCAGUUCAGACCAGUUCGGACCAGUUCAGACCAGUUCGGACCAGUCCAGACCGGUCCAAACUGGAGCCACAGGAAAUUCGGGAUAAUAAACGGGAUGAGCGCGAUCCCAAAACUCA